AUGCCUGAAGAAGAUGAGUUGGCCGCCGCCAUCUUCGGUCACUCUGAUUCGGACUUGUCUUCGGACGAAGACGAUGUCGCACCGACCCACGCGCCGCCGGAGGACUCUUCCGGAGACUCCGCAGACGAGUAUAAGGCGCAAAAGAAACGCGCCCCAACAAAACGGCGUGCAAAGGGGCGGCGGAACGACGAGGAGGAGGAGGGUCGGACAACCCAACGCAAGAGGAAGCGGGCGUCGACGAAGAAGAAAGUCCCGGCCGAGGAUAUUGACUGGUCCCAGUACCCACCCGAAGUCGUGAAGAAGAUGAAGCUGGACAUGAAGAUUGAGGAGAUUCUCCGGCCGUGGAAGAGUGCCCGGGCUCGCAGGCGGCGCAAGGACGAUGAGGACGUGCUCGACCGGUUCGCGGACGAAGAAGUGUCCCGUCUGAAGGAGUCCAUGAUGGCGGCGGCAGCGGACGAUGAGCAGGCAAACAGGGAGAAGCUGCCUGCUGUGUCCAAGCUUCGCCUGCUUCCGCAGGUCAUGGAAAUCCUGCGAAAAUCAUCCCUUUCCCAAUCAAUCCAAGACAACAACCUCCUCGAGGGCGUCCGCCGGUGGCUCGAGCCGCUGCCCGACAAGUCCCUCCCUGCGCUCGACAUCCAGCGCGAGUUCUUCGCCGUGCUCAAGAAGAUGGACUACAUCGACACUGCCGUGCUCAAGGAGUCCCGUGUCGGCCGCAUCGUCCUCUUCUACACCAAGUGCAAGCGCGUCACGCCCGACAUCCAACGCGCCGCCAACGACCUCGUCGCCACCUGGUCCCGCCCCAUCAUCAAGCGCUCCGCCUCGUACCGCGACCGCGUGGUCCCCACCGCCCAGCUCGACGACGGCACCGGGCCUGGCGGGCGUGGCCCGGAGCGCCUCAACGCGAUCCUCGCCCGCGCGCGGGAGAGCGACAAGAACCGGGUCCGCAAGAACGCGGUCAUGAUCCCCCAGCGCGAGCUCGGCAGCUACACCGUCGCGCCGCGCUCGUCCGCCGGGUUCGCCAAGACGAACGCAUCAGUCGAGGUUGACACCCAGCGCCGGAAGCAGAACGCCGAGCGACUCAAGAGCCUCACGAAAAAGAUGUCUUCGAGGUCGUGA